AUGGACAUUACUAGACCCUUACCAGGAUCAAUAAAACUUCAUGAUCCUAAAGGAAAGACAGACAAAGAGGAGGGACAACAGGUGAAUAAUCAAAAGCUAAAGCAAGAGUGGAGAAUAAUAAGGGUCCUUGAUCCUAAGGUGGACAAAAUUGAUGCUCAUGGAAGAUAUCUGGAACAAAUUGAACCAGAUGGAGAAGUUGUGCCUAGGCAACAAGGAAAAGAGGAAGAAUGGCAGGUUGCUAGAGGAAAAUUAGCAUCAAAGAAGGAAAUGGAAAUCAACAGAGAGGAGGAAGUAUACAUUGGAAAUGCUUUUAAAGCCUUAGUUGACACAGCCCAAAAAAUUGUGCAGAUGUCUGAAGCACAUAGGACAAGGGGGCAGAGAAGAAGAAAUGAAGUACUAAUAGCUAUAGUGGAGAAUAAAGUGCAGGCCAACAAAGCUGAAGCAAUAAUAAGGAAGGUGUUUGGUAAUUGGCAAUGGACUGUAAACUAUGAUGAGGCACCUGGUGGCAGGAUUUGGAUUAUUUGGGACCAAACAAAGGCGGAGUUUGAGGUAAAACAAAUCCAUGAACAAUACAUAGCAGGACAGGUGGUUCUGAGGCAGUGCAACACUAAGUUCAUAUUUGUUGCAGUAUAUGGAAAACAUAGCAUACAAGAUAGCAAGAGUUUGUGGACUGAUUCGGAGAGAACUAUGAGUGGAAUACAAGACCCAAACUUAACAAUGGGAGACUUUAACAGCAUCUUGUCCACAGAAAAUAGAGUGAUGGGGAAUCCAGUCCGAGAGGGGGAAGUGAUAGAUUUCAAAAGAUUCAUAGCUGAUGUUGGACUAGCUGAACUCAAAACAAUUGGGAGAAAUUACACAUGGACAAACAACCAUGUCCAUAGUAGAAUCGACAUAAUACUUGCUAAUGCAGAGUGGGUACAAAAAUGGCCUAAUAUGGAGGGAACUAUUAUGCAGCCAGGCUUCUCAGAUCACUGCCCACUAAUGGUAACUGUUGCUGAACCUACAGAGAGGGGAAAAAGACCAUUGAAAUUCUUUAAUUGCUUAGCAUCCCACCAUAAAUUUGAUGACAUUGUUAGGGAAUGUUGGAUGAAGGGAAAUAAGGGGAAUCCAAUGCUGAAGGUGUGGUACAAGCUAAAACAACUGGAAAAAGAGCUGAAGCAAUUAAACAAUGAGGAGUACACACCAGUGUGGGGCCAAAGAUCCAAGUAG